CCUUCUGACGUUUCCAGAGGUGAUAGUAGCUCUUGGUUCUCGCGAUAGUUCUGGCAACACCGGAGUCCGGCGACCCGGGCUUGUGUGAAAUAUGGCGAUCGGCUGGGACCGUAGCACAAGCAUGACUUUAUGAAAGAAAAGGAAGGUGUUCCUGAAGAUGAGGCGCCUGAAUCGAAAGAAAACCUUAAGUUUGGUCAAGGAGUUGGAUGCCUUUCCCAAGGUUCCUGACAGCUAUGUGGAGACCUCAGCCAGCGGGGGCACAGUUUCUCUUAUAGCAUUCACCACCAUGGCUUUAUUAACAAUAAUGGAAUUCUCAGUGUAUCAGGAUACAUGGAUGAAGUAUGAAUAUGAAGUAGACAAGGACUUUUCUAGCAAAUUAAGGAUCAAUAUAGAUAUUACUGUGGCCAUGAAGUGUCAAUAUGUUGGAGCAGAUGUGUUGGACUUAGCAGAAACGAUGGUUGCGUCUGCAGAUGGUCUCGUGUACGAGCCGGCAAUAUUUGAUCUUUCACCACAGCAAAGAGAGUGGCAAAGGAUGUUGCAGCUGAUUCAGAGCAGGCUGCAGGAGGAGCAUUCACUUCAAGAUGUGAUCUUUAAAAGUGCUUUUAAAAGCCCAUCAACGGCACUGCCACCCAGGGAGGAUGGCUCAUUGAGGUCUCCAGACGCAUGCAGAAUUCAUGGUCACCUCUAUGUCAACAAAGUCGCUGGGAAUUUUCACAUAACCGUGGGCAAGGCAAUCCCACACCCCCGAGGCCAUGCCCACUUGGCAGCACUCGUCAAUCAUGACUCUUACAACUUUUCUCACAGAAUAGAUCAUUUGUCUUUUGGAGAACUUGUUCCAGGGAUUAUUAAUCCUUUAGAUGGAACAGAAAAAAUUGCUGUGGAUCACAACCAGAUGUUCCAAUAUUUUAUUACAGUUGUGCCAACAAAACUACAUACAUAUAAGAUUUCAGCAGACACCCACCAGUUUUCUGUAACAGAAAGGGAACGCAUCAUCAACCAUGCUGCCGGCAGCCACGGGGUGUCUGGAAUAUUCAUGAAAUAUGAUCUCAGCUCCCUCAUGGUGACGGUCACGGAGGAGCACAUGCCAUUCUGGCAGUUCUUUGUGAGACUCUGUGGGAUUGUUGGAGGAAUCUUUUCAACAACAGGUAUGUUACACGGAUUUGGGAAAUUUAUAGUUGAAAUAAUUUGCUGUCGUUUUCGACUCGGCUCCUCUAAGCCCGUCAAUUCUGUUCCCUCUGAGGACGGCCACACAGACAACCACUUACCUCUUUUACAAAAUAAUACGCAUUAACACCUCCUGGGAGAAGGAGAGAAACUUUCUGCCCGAGACCACAAAACCUUUUUUAAUAAUAAAAUAUUGUGCAAUAUACUCAAAAGGAAAGAAAAUAUGAAUGAGAAGCAAGAAACACAGUUAUUUAAAAAAGAAAAAAAAAACCCACCAAAAAAAAAAAAACACCCUGAAAUCCUCCGUGUGUUGUGUCUGUUACAUUUGUCCUGGAAGAAAUGUCACUGGAGCGAGCCCGGUGGAGAGGCGCUCUGAAGAUGGCCCCUCUGGCACAGCGCAUGGGCAGGUCUGAGGUCAGACCUUUCUCUCUGAUGGCAAGAAGCCGGAAGGCAAGAAGUGAAACCGCGUCUCAAGAAAAACUGCAGAUGUUUGCGUCCUCUUGUUUUUCACAGAUUUGAUGUCAAAAUAAUAAAAAAAAAAAAUUAUAAUCAGGUCACAUUGUUAAUAAAGAAAAACAGGGAGCAGUUCAUAUAUAAUUUAGCCAUAUUCAUGUUAAGCCAUAUGGUCAAGACCAUUUAUCUCAUAAUUGGGUCUUAUGAAGAUGGUCUUUUGGGGCUUUUGUUAAUGAUUUUUCUCUGAGCGUUCAGGCUGGUGUUUUAGAAAGCAGAGUAAACGCCCCUGGGUGAAGCUGUGAAGGCGCUAUGAAACAGAGGGAGCCUUCGCAGAUUGUCUUAGAGACUUUAUAGGGAGAAGAAAGCACAUCUUCAAAAAGGUUUCCUAAUCUGAUCCUUUUCCUCUUGCUGUACUUUGGAGGGACAGGGUGAAGAAAAAGACCCACUGCUGAUUGUGAAAAUGAGCAACCUGUACAGUAUUAGAACAAAAAGCCAAAUAUUUUAUACUUGCAGUGAGUGGGGAACGAGGUAACUUUAAUCUUGAAGUAAAGCAGGAGUCGAGGCAAGUUUUAAGUACAAGCAAGGUGCCGUAUUAAACAGUGUCCAGUGAGCUGUAAAGCUGACUUAGGGAAAAGUGUUGGGGUCAGGCUAUCCUAAGUGUGACUAACUAUAACAGAUUGUGUGGUUCUAACUUGCUGCCUUUUUAAGAGUUAGUUUAGAGUUUCUAGAGUAUAUAGGAUUUAAAGAAUGAGAGGGUGCUAUUUUGCAGGUGCCGUUGAAAACUAUUUGAACAUAUGUGUGCCAACAUCAGCUUUCCUUUUACGAUCCCUUAACGACCAUAGAAUAGAAGAAUCAUCAACCAGCACUCAACACUGACAUCAUUUAAAGACUCAACUUUAAUGACGGUUUUAAAGAAUGACACGUCACAAGAUACAACUUUUCAAACGAAUUUGUUUUUAAAGAUAAAAUAAUGCUUUCUUGAAAAUAAAAUACAGAGAAUAAAAGUGA